CCCACAUUUAGCUUACCGGGCUACUCUUCCCUACCCGCCUUUAAAACUUAACGCGAUCGCCUACUCUUGACGUGAUGUGGCCCCCAUGCUCGAGACUUUUCUAACUCCCGUACUAUUCUAGCUUAUCCCCCUUUUCUUUGUUCCCGCUUUCAUCAUAAACCUGUGUACCUGAAGCCUCUGGCUUGCCAGCGGAAACUGCAGAAAAUAAGUUACAGCUAUUGAACCCAGCUGAUUGGGAAGUGGCCUGAUUGUUAAACAUAUUCCACAAAGGCGGGCCACUGUUCCAACCCGAACAGCCGCUCGCAGGUGGCGACGAAUCAUCGUUUUCUUUGGAACCGAACCGCAAAGACCUAAACGAACAGGCAUUCUUUUAUUUUUCCAACUUGGUUGUUGUUUUCUUGCUGAAGCUCAAUCUACGUCUCGAUCCAAGAAAAAAAAAAAAAAAAGGAUUAACAGCUGAUUUGUACCUGCUGCUUUGAAGCUGGUUUCAGUCUUCACCAUCCAUGCUAGGCCCGGUGCAUAGUAGCGGAGACGCGGCGAUUCGAAGCUUAGCAACAGCUCACGAUGGCGCCCUCGGUGUCGACACAGCAGGGCGAUGAUGGCCGCGUUCCCGCAAGGCGGAUGCGGCAGAGCAAACCAAAAACAAAGACGGGUUGUAGGAACUGCAAAUCACGAAGAAUCAAGUGCGACGAACAGCGACCCGCUUGCACGCAAUGCACUCGGUCUAAGAGGAUAUGCACUGGCUAUCCGCCGCCGGCACAUAGCGCCAGACCUUUUGAAGAGGUCCUUAUCGCGCCCAAGCCCAACAUUGCCUGCGCCGGCCCGAUCGUUAGCAGAAACGCUAACCCCCCAAUCAUACGCGAAUCUGUCAGACUUCCCCCACGCCGUCGACAGCCGCAGCCGCAGCGCCCCACGCCUCCACUGAGUCCUCUUUUCAACUUUUCCAAUGCCUAUGUGAAUCUAUACCAGACCCCUGCCCCUGGCCUCACUUUUGAUCUACAGGAAGGCCAGUACUUCCAGUUGUUCCGCUCCAACACGGCCGGUGAGCUAUCGGGUUAUUUCGACAAUGUGUUCUGGACCCAGACCGUGCUCCGGGAGUGUCAUGACUCUGCCGCUGUCAAGCAUGCCGUAGUCGCUCUCGGUGCCCUCUACAAGACGUUGGAAAAGUCAACAGAGUCACCACCUGGCUCCCCAUCGUCUCGUGAACAGGCUCCGGGCAGCCCACCCGGCCGGGAGGCUGCCCAUGCUCACUGGGAAGUGGCGGUGCAGCAAUACUCCAAGGCCUUGAUGGCACAAGUUAGCGCCCCCAUGAACAGCGACGAUCACAGGUCAAACAGGACACGGCUCAUGACCAGUGUUCUGCUGGCAUGUUUUGACUCGUUCAUCGGCGAUCACAAACAGGCCAUCAUACAGAUCCAGAACGGUCUUGGUCUCCUGGAGAUACUCCGUGCCCAACGGAGAAAGGCCAUGCUGGCGAGGCCCGAGGAGCCCGUCGAGGACGAGCUCUUGCAAAUGUUCACGAGGCUGGCCAUCCAGGCCAAGUCGUACGACAUGGCCUUCCAUUUUCCCGAACCAUAUGUCGUCCGUUUGGUUCAAGCACCUGCCAAUCCUGCCUCGCCCGGCGAAUCCGGCGGAACCCCCGUAUCGAUUCAUCAGGAGCCCAUACCCGAGCGGUUCUCAUCGCUCAUAGAGGCAAGGGUCGCGUGGGACACGCUAUGUGAACAGUUGCUACGCGCCACCGAGUCCAUGGCACAGUUAGCAAGUGGCCCUCCCAACCUCCUGCCUCAGACCAUGAUGAUAUACGGCAAGGCCUUUGCUGCCCGUAUCCGCAGCUGGUCUCACGCAUUUGAGCACAUCCUUACAUCCAGGACUGCCCCUGGUAUCACCAGCCAGGAGAAGGCCGGCAUUGCUGUUCUCAAGAUGUUCCAAAUAAUGAGCGAGAUACUGUUUCAUAUGACCUUUAAGCAUAACGAGAUGGAUUUCGACAAUUAUAGGCCCUACUUCAGGACCAUCGUCGACCUGGCAUCUGAGGUUGUCGGCGAUGAGGAAAGGCGCGCUGCUGAACGUAGAUGUCCGAACCGCAGCUUUUGCGCCCACCAGCAUGUCAACGGCGACUAUAGUCAGUCGAUCAACAUGCUGGGUGGCCAAGAAUAUACGGCGCACCACAUCAAGCCUAGCUUCAGCGCUGACCUUGGCAUCGUGCCGCCGUUGUACGUCGUCGCAGCCAAGUCGCGGGACCACGUCAUCAGGCGGCAGGCUAUCCAGUUGCUGCGGAGUAGUGCAAGGAGGGAGGGUAUGUGGGACAGUCAGCUUACAGCACAGAUCGGCGCGUGGAUCAUGGAGCUGGAGGAGUCCGUGGACGAGGAGGCCAUCUAUGAAGAUGAACUGGACAUGAAUCGCGCGCCUCACCUGCCAACUCCAAAUGCCAGCCCUAGUGAGGUCCCAAUCGCGUCCUUUUCAUCGCCGAAGCAACGGGCAGCUGGUCAGGGACAGCGGGGGAGCUUCGACAGUGACGUACCAUUGGGACCCGGCGGAAACGCGAGGUGGGACGCGCGACUUGAGAGUAGCAGCAGCGCUGGAAAUGGAUCGGUGUCGGCCUCGGCGGAUAGAGUUGUCGGCAUGCGCGUCGUUCCCGAAGACAAGCGUGUGCUUCUCAGGUCGGCAGAGUUUGACCUGCGGGCGCACGUUGCUGUGCUGAAAUGUGGAACCAGAGGCCUGCAUCCGGGAGCACCUGAUAGGAGACUCAGGGAGACAAGGGUUGUGUGGUAGAAGGCGCUUGCUUCGUCUUUCGAGUCUUAAUUAUGAGCAUAUUAUCCUCUCAAUUUUUUUGUUGCAAGCUAAGGCACCCACGAAGAGAUAUACCCAGGAAUUAUUUGAUUUUUUUUCUUGGUUGGAUAACUGGUUUGGUUUUGAAUUACUUGAUCGGUUGCGGCACCGUGUACGAAGACAAGGAAAGAAGUAAAAAAAAGAGGGCUAAAAUAGGUAUACUCAUAGCAAAUGGAAUGUGGCUGCUAUUUGCGAUUUCACGUUGAUUUUCUUGUUAACAUAAUCGCAAUAGAAUAAUAUAUUAUUAG